CACGCAAGAAUAGAUAUGUAUAUGCACACACAUGCACGCAUGCACACGCCUGCAUACGCGUAGAGCGCGGACUUAGAGAUAAACAAACACUCAGGCCCACAGACAUGUUUACAGCAAUAAAAGUGUGCUAGAGAUAGACAGAGAAAAAGAGCCGGGAAAUGAGCGACGAGAUAAAGAGAAGGAUCACAAUAUGAUGGAGUUGGAAGGAACAGAGUGGAAAAAAUAGAUUGAGAGAGAGGGGGAGAGAGAGGGAGAGAGAGAGAGGGAGAGAGGGAAUGAGGUAGUGGUAAAACACUGAGUGAGUGAGGAAGGGAGUGAGGCGAACUCUAUAUGUGUUGUGAGAAAGAAAUAGAGAGAAAGAGUGAGACUGCGUGUGAGUGUGUGUGUGUGUAUGUCUGUGUGUAUGGAAAAAGACAGCAGUGCAGUGUGAAUUGCAGGGAAGCAACAGCACACGUGCUAUAUCGACGCUAAAUCAGACCGACUGAAACUUAAAGCCUUAACUAACACGAACCAAAGCAAAUCGCACCGUGCCGACUAAACUAAAACUAACAAGCAGACAACAAACACAGACACCCAGUAAUAAACUCAAAAUAACAACGAGCCAACCAACCAACCAACCAACCAACAGACAACACUAAAACCCACCCCUUCAACCACCCACCCGCCGUACAAGCCAACCAACCAGCUAAUCAACCGUGUCUUCACUCAAACACCAGUUACGUCUUUUGACGCGAAAUUACACAGAGAGAGUCGUGAGAAGGAAGGAUAUAAAAAAGCGACUCAAAAGCGGACGUCGGUAUAUUUUCAUUUCAGAAAUUGGCCCGGUUCUAAACACCGCAUUUUCUUCAACGGAUUUCAUGGGGGAUAAUUACUGUUCCACGGUUUCCCUUGACUUAGUUGAAGAACAAAAGGAUCGAGAAGCUGUCGACUAUAUUUUCCCAGAGGACGGACCGGCUGAUGUUGUUCGUAAAGAUGAAGAGCAAGCGCCUCCAGUUGAGGAAGAAGAAGAAGAAAGUACUAGAGUGACAUGGGCCGGCAAAUCUGAGUUUCUUAUGACAUGUGUUGGAUAUGCAGUGGGACUUUCCAAUGUCUGGCGAUUCCCAUAUUUGUGCUAUAAAAAUGGCGGAGGUACAUUUCUGAUACCAUAUAUAAUAAUGCUGGCCAUUGUGGGAUUACCUCUCUUCCAUCUGGAGCUAGCCUUUGGCCAGUUUGCUAGUCAGGGCCCACUUAGUAUAUGGCGGAUUAACCCACUUUUCAAAGGUGUCGGUUUUGCUAUGGUGAUCAUCAGUUGGUUCAUAAUGCUUUAUUAUAACGUCAUCAUCAGUCACACACUAUACUACUUUUUUGCGUCAAUGAAGAGUGAAGUCCCCUGGGCUUCCUGUAACAAUUCAUGGAAUUCAGACAACUGUUUUUUGUAUGACGAAAAUCGCCAUAACAGUAUCGUUCUAAUUAUAUCACUAAAUUUGGACGAAAAUCUUGAAGGGAAAACAGAAAAUAUACCUGUGGUGAAAACAAUUAUUCGAUUAGGGUUGAAGAUUUUAUGCAUUAUUUUAACGAGACCAGGUUUGGUGUUCGAGGUCUACCCAGAAGCAUUAGCCCGAAUGCCAAUAGCACCAAUUUGGUCAGUCUGCUUUUUCUUCAUGAUGGCUUUACUGGGAUUCGGUUCACAGUUUUCUAUUGUAGAAUGCGUGAUGAGUUCUAUAUUGGAUGAACUACGUACAUAUAUUAAUACCAUUCCAAGAACUAUUUGUGUUCGUGCAUUGAUCAUAGCCAUCUCCUUCCUCCUUGGUUUACCAAUGCUGUGUAAUGGUGGAAUGUUUCUUUUAAACCUGAUAGACUUCAGCAUCAGUGGUUUUCCAUUGCUCCUGGUUACAAUGUUAGAGUGCCUCGCAAUAAGCUAUAUAUACGGUUUUGAAAAUUUUUCUGAUGAUAUCAAGAUGAUGCUUGGUAAAGCACCAAACCUCUACUGGAAAAUAUCAUGGAAAUAUUUAUGUCCUACAUCGAUUAUUACUAUUGCUCUUUUAAACAUCGUUCUCUACAAGGAACCUGAUUUGAAUGGUAAAGAAUACCCGUGUUGGGCAAAGGUUAUUGGUUGGCUCAUAGUUGCUUUACCAAUUUCCGUCAUACCCACCUGGUUUUUAUACAAAUAUUGCUCACAAGGCGGGUUUUACAUGCUGAAAUUAAACAUGCGGCCUUCACCUGACUGGGGCCCGGCCCGCAAAGAGGACCGAAUCGAACGUUACAGUGCGGAUUCACUUGGGAUUCACAAGAUACAAUGCCUACCCGAAUCGUCUAGUGUUAAUGGAUUAGCUAACGCCGUUCAGCACGCCAGCAGUUUGUCUACCAUCAAUUCUUACGUUCCGAACUCUGUCAGUGGUUCAAUGACUUCAUUUAACAAUGCUGCUAGCUCUGUGACAUUACCUACCGCUAAUGAUAUCAAUCUGAACACAAAAAGCAACGUGGUCAAAUCGGAAUCGAUAUUGUGAUUCUCAGAACAAAUAAGAUACUUAAAAAAGAAUUAAGUGAAUAAAUAGACAGUACAGAAUCACAAUAUGAUACAAAUACAAUUUGACAGUUUAUAAACAAUGAAAGGGAAAAAAAAACAACAACAACAUAAAACGAUACGUUGAUUCUGAGAUUUCAUAUAAUCACAAACGACAGAAGGUGAAAUGAAGUAAAACAACCGGAAGCUGAGCGAGAGUGCAAGAGAGAGGAAGCAAGUGAGACGUAGAUAUGAGAGUGAGAAAGAGAGUUAGAGACAAAGAUCAUGUAGUGUCUGUGAGUCUCUAUAAGUGAGAAAGAGCGAGAGCGAGAGAGAGAGAGUGAGAAAGUGUGUAUAUGUAUGAGAGAGAAAGAGGAAAAGAAGAAAGAGAAAGAAUGAGUCACCGGGUGCGUUGCGUGGAAUUAAGUUCAAAGUGUGAAAGUUUAAAACGAAAUAAAUAUUCAUGUAAACAAGAAGCAUCCAUAAAAAUCUAUCUUGAUCACUCAUUAACUCACAA